AUGUUGUCAAAGACGAUACGAUAUUAUAAUAAGCGCAGCUUAUCAGUUGAUGUUUCGGCUUAUACACGAGUUUUGGAAGGAUUUCGCGCGUGUGUUGGAAAUACACCUUUAAUUCGGUUGCCAACGCUGAGUAAAGAAACUGGUUGCAAUAUUCUUGUUAAAGCUGAAUAUCUCAAUCCUGGUGGUUCAAUUAAAGAUCGUGCUGCUCUUUUUUUAAUUCAAGAUGCACUUGAUAAAAAUUUGAUUAAAAAUGGAGCUACUAUUGUUGAAGGUACUGCUGGCAAUACAGGAAUUGGAUUAGCUCAUCUUUGUAAUGCAUUGGGUUUCAAAUGUGUUAUUUUUAUGCCUGAUAAUCAAUCAAAAGAAAAAAUCGAUAUACUACGAGUAUUAGGUGCACAAGUUACAACAGUUCCUGUUGUGCCGUUCACUGAUCCGAAUAAUUAUAAUCAUCAUGCUAGACGUUAUGCUGAAAAGCAUGAAAACUCAUUAUGGACAAAUCAAUUUGAUAAUCAGGCUAAUCGAAAUGGUCAUUAUCUUAUGACAGGACCUGAGAUUUGGACACAGACCAAUGGUAAAGUAAACGCUGUGGUAAUGAGUACAGGUACUGGUGGAACGUUGGCUGGUAUCAGCAUGUAUUUAAAAGAGAAAAAUAAUAAAAUUAGAACUGUACUUGCUGAUCCACCCGGUAGUGUUUUAUAUAAUUACAUCAAAUCGGGUAAACUGGAACGUACUGAUGGCUCAUCAAUUACUGAAGGUAUCGGACAAGGUCGUAUAACAGAUAAUUUGAAGGAUGCACCUAUCGAUGAAUCAUUAUUUAUCAAAGAUCAAGAUACUGUUAAUAUGGUUUUCAAACUUUUAUGUGAAGAAGGAUUUUUUGUCGGUGCUUCAUCAGGCUUAAACGUAGCUGCAGCUGUUGAAUUAAGUAAAUCAAUGCCUAAAGGUUCAACAAUCGUUACAUGUCUUUGCGACAAUGGACAGAAAUAUUUCAAUCGGUUAUUCAAUAAAAAUGAACUAUCAAAACGAGGUCUUCUUGAUCAAAUGCCUCAGUUGUAUCACAAAAAUAUAUUUUAG